GAGGGAGAAGGAGAGCGUGAGCGCGCGCAAGCUAGCGAGCAAACCAGAGACAGACCGAGAGGGACCGGGAGAGAAACCCAGAGAAAAAGAAGAAGCUGAGCUCUGUCGGGGCUCAGCCUCCAACUUGUUUCAGUUCAUUCAUCCUCCUUUCCUUUCCGCUUCGGGGAAGUGACUGUGGCGCUCGGUUUGUUCGAGUUGAUGUCCAAGAAGAUGAUGGUCACAGAGCUGAGUUAUUUCUACAUGAUCAGACUUGGGCUUCUUUUCCUGAUUAAUAUUUUCCCUGGAACCACUGGUCAAGGAGAAUCAAGACGACAAGAACCUGGGGACUUUGUAAAGCAGGAUAUUGGCGGACUCUCUCCUAAGCAUGCCCCGGAUAUUCCUGAUGACAGCACUGACAAUAUUACUAUCUUCACCAGAAUCUUGGAUCGUCUUCUGGAUGGCUAUGACAACCGGCUACGACCUGGGCUUGGAGAUGCAGUGACUGAAGUGAAAACUGAUAUCUAUGUGACCAGUUUUGGCCCUGUGUCAGACACUGACAUGGAGUACACUAUUGAUGUAUUUUUUCGACAGACAUGGCAUGAUGAAAGACUAAAAUUUGAUGGACCCAUGAAGAUCCUUCCACUGAACAAUCUCCUGGCUAGCAAGAUCUGGACCCCUGAUACAUUCUUCCACAAUGGCAAGAAAUCAGUGGCUCAUAACAUGACCACACCCAACAAGCUGCUCAGACUGGUGGACAAUGGAACCCUCCUCUACACAAUGAGAUUAACAAUUCAUGCUGAGUGUCCCAUGCAUUUGGAAGAUUUUCCCAUGGAUGUGCAUGCCUGCCCGUUGAAGUUUGGAAGCUAUGCCUAUACAACAGCCGAAGUGGUUUAUUCCUGGACUCUUGGGAAAAACAAAUCUGUGGAAGUGGCACAGGACGGGUCUCGUCUGAACCAAUAUGAUCUGCUGGGUCAUGUUGUUGGGACAGAGAUAAUCCGGUCCAGUACAGGAGAAUAUGUUGUCAUGACAACUCACUUCCAUCUCAAGCGAAAAAUUGGCUACUUUGUGAUCCAGACCUACUUGCCAUGUAUCAUGACUGUCAUUCUGUCACAGGUGUCUUUCUGGCUCAACAGAGAGUCUGUUCCUGCCCGCACAGUCUUUGGUGUUACCACUGUUCUCACCAUGACCACCUUGAGUAUCAGUGCCAGAAACUCCUUACCUAAAGUGGCAUAUGCGACGGCCAUGGACUGGUUCAUAGCCGUCUGUUAUGCCUUUGUGUUUUCUGCGCUGAUUGAAUUUGCUACUGUUAACUACUUCACCAAACGGAGUUGGGCUUGGGAAGGCAAGAAGGUGCCUGAGGCCCUGGAGAUGAAGAAGAAAACACCGGCAGCCCCGACAAAGAAAACCAGCGCCACAUUCAACAUCGUGGGAACCACUUAUCCCAUCAACUUGGCCAAGAACCCUGAGUUCUCCACCAUCUCCAAGGGCGCCGCUCCCAGUGCAUCCUCAACCCCGACAAUAAUUGCUUCGCCCAAGGCCACUUAUGUGCAGGACAGCCCAACUGAGACCAAGACCUACAACAGUGUCAGCAAGGUUGACAAAAUUUCCCGUAUCAUCUUUCCUGUGCUCUUCGCCAUAUUUAAUCUGGUGUAUUGGGCCACAUAUGUCAACCGGGAGUCAGCUAUCAAGGGCAUGAUCCGCAAACAGUAGAUGGUGGUGACAACACAGCAACCACAGCACUGUAUACCCCAUGAAGCAUCCAGGCACCCUACUCCAGAGUUUCCCUUCAUAUGUUUCAGAAUUCUUCUUUUUAACCCUCUCUCAAACUGUGCCACUCAAUUCAUAUUUAUGAGUCUCAAUGAAAAAAAAUAACUACAGAAAAACUACUUGUCCCUGUAACAUUUCUAGGUAUACCCCAAUCAGAGACAAACACAUUUGUCUAGUUUUCCAUCUUAGUCUGAAAGUCCCCCCACCCCCCCGCCGCCAGCUGAGGGCUCCGCAUGUAUUUUAUUGCACUCUGCCCAUUGCAGAAAGAACAGAACACUCCCUAUAGUGGAAACCUUGGCUGUCUGGGAGGUCCAGGCCAAGGACAAUUGGUUACUUGCUUGGAUCAGAUGAUUCUGACUCAUUAGGGAGACAGACUGGGCUAUCCCAUGCAGUUCUGCCUACUCCCUUCUCUGCCAACAGUAGGGUCUACUAGGAAUUAAUAUUUACAGCAAAGGCAAGAGCCAGAACUAACCUCUGAACACAGCCCCAACCUCUUUUUUGACUUGGAGUUAGUGAGGACAAUUGAGGUUUACCACUGUCUACCAUGUAAGAACUAGCUGGACCAGUCUGGCACCAAGAUGGCUGGUGCCCUAUGUCCAGCCCCUCAGGAAAAUAGUACCUUCCUUGGUAUAUCUUCCCUCUAGGAAGGUCAUUUUCCCUCAAUGCCUUUGAUCCUCUUGUAGCCAGCUGGGCACUGCUUAGUUUGGACUUAAUGUUGCCUAAAAACUCUUCAUGAGAAAAGCAUUCAAGCAUUUUUAAUUUCAGCUAAGGAGAUACCAAUAGAAACAAAGAGAUCUAGAUCAAAUGUUUAAGAUAGGAGAGAAAGAAAAUCACUUCCCUGCCAAGGCAAUUGGUAAAAUACUGGAUGGGACAAGAGGGGCAGAUGGUAGUGGAAGAUUGAAGCUUGGUUCAAGAGAGAAGGCCACUGGCAGGUGAUAGUAAAAUUCUUCUUUCCAUACCGUUCACUUUCCACACCCUAGCCCAGGAACAGGCACUUUGCUCCCACCAUGUCAGCGGCCUCUGGUCCUCUGUUAACAUUGAUUCUAUGAGGGGGUAAAUUGGAUAUUCAUACAAAUAUCUCUAGUCAAUUUUUAAGUCAGCUACAUCAUUAAACUUAUUACUACUUUUUUUUUAUUACCCCUCCCCCAGCGCCACAUGCAAUAGGGUGCUGAAAUUAAACAUUUUAUUUUUUAUUUAUUUUUUUUAAUUACAAGGAGGUUUUCUUUUUCUUUUUUUUAAACUUUUAUUUAAUGAAUAUAAAUUUCCAAAGUACGAUUUAUGGAUUACAAUGGCUUCCCCCACAUACCGUCCCUCCCACCCGCAACCCUCCCCUCUCCCACUCUCUCUCCCCUUCCAUUCACAUCAAGAUUCAUUUUCGAUUAUCUUAAUAUACAGAAGAUCAGCUUAGUAUACAUUAAGUAAGGAUUUCAACAGUUUGCUCCCACACAGAAACAUAAAGUGAAAAAUAAUAGAUGAUUUUUUUAAAAUGAUGAUGAAAUCAGAUCAGACCUAUUGUCAUGUUUAAUCCCAGUGAGAGUCAAGUUGGGAGUUGAUAAUUUCUUUUUUUUUUUUUUUUACAGAGGAUCAGUUUAGUACACAUUAAGUAAAGAUUUCAACAGUUUGCACCCCCAUAGAAACACAAAGUGAAAUAUAUUGUUUGAGUACUCGUUAUAGCAUUAAAUCUCAAUACACAGCACAUUAAGGACAGAGAUCCUACAUGAGGAGUAAGUGCACAGUGACUCCUGUUGUUGACUUUACCAAUUGACACUCCUGUCUAUGGCAUCAGUAGUCUCCCUAUGCUCCAGUCAUGAGUUUCCAAGGCUAUGGAAGCCCUCUGAGUUCUCCGAUUCUUAUCUUGUUUAGACAAGGUCAUAGUCAAAGUAGAAUCCAUUUGAUCUCAUUUGUUCUUAAUAUGAGUUGUGGAGAUAUAUAUAUAUGUAUAUAUAUACGUAUAUAUAUAAACAUUUUUAUAAGGUAGAUAAAUGGAGUCCCAGAAGUUUGAAUGACUUGCCUAGACUCAUUAACAGUGUCUUUAAUAAAGAAUUGCCAUGUACCUCUUUCCAAAGGCCAAAAUAAAGAAAGGACAGAGAAGCUAGGGCCACUUUGGCUUCAAAAUCAGCACAUUCUCAGAAUGCCUUCUGCGUCAUAGGUGCAGAUGUGUAGAACAAAAAAAGUCUUUAGAAAGUCACAAUGUGUCACCCAAGGAGACAACUUCCAAUAGUCAUGACUCAAGGAAAUGAGACCAUUUAGGAGGGCAGCCCCAGCCACUUUGGAUCUGAAUACCUUCACCAGUCCAGAGUAUCCUAGAAGUCCAAGGUAAUGCCUCUGAUGGCACCACAAGCAGAUUCUCCCUGCCCACCACCUGAACAAAGCUCCUAAGGGGUGUAUCAUUAGCUGCUGGUUGCCUUUUCAUCCAUCUUCCCCUAUUCCCUGCUUCCUUGCCAUUGCUGGGAUAAUGCAUGCCAGUCCCAUUAUUCUUAAGACUGUAGGUAAAUUCAUGACUAGAAGAGUGUAGUCUUGUGGUUAUGUGGGGAUGGGGGUGGGGUGGGUGGGGCUGUUAAUGAUUGUCUUAAAGGAAUUUAGAAUGGAAGCCUGAUCUUUGCCUCUCUGUAGAAAUUGUGUUUCCAAAUGCUUUGGUGCAAUGUUUAGCGGCUGUUUAUUAAACCCUUUCUGAAUUGUA